AUGUCAAGACCGCUUAGUUUUAGAGAAGAUUCAUUUAAACUUGAUGAUCCAAUCUCUAAUUUAAGUGAAAGAGUGUCAAAAAAAGAGUAAAUUGAAAUGAAACGAUAAUUAGAUAUUAUGCUUAAUCGAAUUAAAUUACUAUCCAUCCAAAAAUCAAGAUUACAAGCAAAACAGUAACAAACUGAAGACAGAAUUUAAUAUCUUAAUAAUAUUAGAAGUUACAAUCAUUCACAUUUUGAGAGAGUAUUGAGUAUUUAUUUGGUAGGUUCAACAAAAUAAGGAGACGAGAAAUUAAUCUCUGCAACUCUAAAGGGAUAUCAAAAAAUUAAGCUUUAACAGCAAAUUCGUUUAUCUAUUUAAUAACAAAGAGAAUAAAAAUUUUAAUAAAUGAAACUACAAUCAUUACAAUAUGAUAAAUUUAUUACUCUUUAAAGAGAGAGAUCUAAAUCUUUUAAUGUUGAGAAAAAGCAUAAAGUUUAAUUACAAGAACAAUAAAUAUAAUAAAAUUUGGAACAGUUCAAACAAAUAAAACAACAGUAAUUCAAAUCAUAGCAUAAAUAAGUUGUCUUAAAUAAUUAUUUGUAAAAAGCAAAUGAUUUUGUGAAAAUAAAUAAGUUAUGGGACUUAGAGAAAAGUAUAUUAAAUUCUUUGAGAAGCUCUACAAAAUCAAAAUUUAAAAUCUCUCUAACAAAAGCUUGA